AAACAUAGAAAACGAGGGGAUAAGAAAUUAGCGCUUGUUGUUUUAAAAAAGAAAAAAGAAACGCUGUAAUUUGAAAAAGAAAAAGAAACGCUGUCGUUUCUUCUGAUUCAAAGGCAGAAGAAAAUCGCCAAAGAGCGCUCCAGCACUCGGGUAAAAUUUGGCGGCACCCGAGAUGUCGAAUUCAACAGAGCAAACCCUAGACGACGAACCUAGACCGUCCGAUCGAAGCCCCAACAAUAGGCUCCUCGAAGACCAACAGGCCCAAGAAUGGGAGACCCUGGCUCGUGCCUGGGUGAGCGCGUUCCCAGAAGCGAAAGCGGUGAACGUGAGCCAAGUCGAAGUCUGGAUCGACUCCAACUUUGGCUCGUUACCGGCCGAGCUCCAAUCCAUGCCACGAUCUGAGCUCAUCGACAGACUCCUCUCUAUCCAAAAUUACCUGAGACUUCCCCCCCAGUCCCAGGAAAAAGAACCAAGUCAGCCUGAUCUUCCACCGGCUCGGUUUCAGCGCACUGAUCAGUGGAUACCGGUCUAUUCAUGGUUAGAAUCUUUGGAUUCAGAUGAAGUCGUCAAAUCUAAAGAUAUUUCGGAUUGGUUAAAUGAGAAUCCACAAGCCAAGGACCAAUUGUGUUCUAGGCAUUCUCGAUACCAUUUGAUGCACUAUAUAAAAAAGUGCCAUUUAAAGAUAAUAAAGAGGAGGGAAAAGAAGGUUGGUUUGCAGCCCUCAAAUAAUGGAACUGCUUUGAAAGUUAAGAAGGAUAUAGUGGCAAAAAAACCAGCACCAGUGCUAAGCAAUCCUUUGAACAAUUUACCUAAGGAUAGUGACCUGUACUUAGCAAAACGGAAUGAAGCUUUACGCAAAUAUGAGAUCUUAUUAGAGUUGGAGAAGAAGCUUUCUCCCAUGUUCUCAAGGAAGGGAAUAGCAAAACAGUGAAAUCAACCCGUAUACAACUGUUCCACAGCUGUACUGAUUUCGUUCACCAUUAGGUGUCGAUUUUGUAAAUGAUUAGGCUAUGUUGAUUCUCAUUCAUGCAUUUUAUACGCCAUUAUUACAGCACAGGAUCCUUGUUCCACAAUUGUUUGAGCUUUACUUCAUUACUUGCAAUGCAUGAAAGCACAAUCCCCUUACUCAUGCUGAUCAAACUGCAGCCAUAAAACCUUGGUAUUUUUCUAGUACGUUGACACAUUUGCUGAAGAAAAUACUGCUAUUUCUUCUCAAGCAUCUCCCAUGAAGGUUUUUUUUUUUUUUUUUUUUUCACGAAUUGGACAUUUCAGAUCGAUCACUCGCAUUAGCAUGAGUAACUGCGAACAAUAUUGAAGUUUAACAUGCAUUAUGAGUGAAUUUUCAAGACAGGAUGGUGUUCAUUGGCUGAUCAUUUCUCUUUAUAGAAUACGGUGAGCAGCACACGGUGGUCCUUGAGGUUCCAG